UGUGUAUUCUUUUUUCUCUGUUAUCUUUCAGUUGUACAAAAAUAUCUAAAUAUUAUAUUCGUAAUGACAUGUAUUGGGUCACAUUUCAAAGCCGUUUUGCCUGGAUUGAAGUUCCUAUUCGCUGCAAAGUUUCAUCUGAUAUUUCUGGAUGAAGUUCCUAUAUCCUGUAAAGUUGUAAAGGUUUAUUUGAUAAAUGUAUUUACUUUAUGACAAUGAGACUCUCCCAAGGCGGACGUUCCUCUGCCGUUUUUUUUUUUUUUUUCUUUCUUUUUCUUUUUUUCUUUCUUUCUUUCUUUUUGUCAGACGAGCAUUUCCCUACAUAUGGUUUUGUGCGGCGGGGCAUUUCCCUACGUGUGUAUUCGGCAUUUCCUCGGCGUAUUUGCUACAUAUACUCCUGGGAAACUAAGUCGCGGCCAGAUCUGCACCACGCCCGCGAUGGAGCUUCUCACGACGAGCAGGGGCGGCCGCAAACUCCUCUACGAAGGGUACGCCUACACGAAGCAGAGGACUCACGAAUCGACCGUCAGGUGGGAAUGCUCGCGGAAGAAGACGGCGAUGUGCAGGGGUUCCCUUAUCACCGACGUGGAUGUGUCUCGUGUACAGGCAGUUAGUGGCCAUACUCACGCCGCUGACGCCGUCGCCAUGUCAGCGCUGAAGGUCCGCAGGGAGAUCAUGGACACCGCCGAGGUCAGCGGAGGGAGGCCAGGGCAGAUUCUGGCAGACAAGCUCGCCACAUGUCCUCAGGAGGUGCUCGCUGCGUUAGGGAAGAAAGAAAGCUUGAAGCGUCAGAUCAGGCGAGCCAGACGUGGAGCCGCGACCCCGGACCUCAGAGCGAUGGAGGGCGCCCCCCACCCUCUCCUUCGUCGCCACUGCACGGAGCGUUCAGAAAGCGCCACACCCUUCGUCAGGUUCGACAACGGGGCCAAGGAUUCGCGACUCGUGUUUCCUGCCGGUGGCGACGACGGGCUGGAGCUCCUGCGGGCGCGCGGCGAGGGUUGCGGGCGGGACUCGAGCUGCAGGAAACGCGGCCGCUGUUGUGCGUUCGCGAGCCGCUUCCGCAGCCAGCCACCGCCCUGGACCGCCACCAGCCGUUCGCAGAAGGAUGACGCGACCGAGGAGGCCAGCGGGUCUGUCUUCAAUGUCCUGCCGGGGGGGGAGGGGGUGAAGACAACCCCCAGGUACGGGAGUCAACGAAGAAUACUGUGA